CCGCAAGGCCCGCUGCAACACGCGGCGCCGCAGGCGUUCGCCGCGGGGCCCGACCUGAAGCGGCCGCGCGUCGACGGCGCGCCGGAUGCCACCCAGGGCGAGGCGCGCCAGAGCGGCACGAUCGUCUGGUACAACGGCCGGCGGCGGCUGGGACGGCUGCGGGCGGACGGGCACGGCAGGCUGCUCCGGAUCCCGGGGCACGGCGCCCCGAAUGGGGCCCUGGCGCCGCCCGUGCCCGGGGGCCUGAUGCACGGGACGCGGGUGACCUACCUGCUCUCCUGGGCGGGCCCGGAGCAGGAGCCCGCCGCCGUGGACGUGCGCCCGAUCCCCGGGCAGGUCGGGCUCAGCUGCGGGGGCGACAGCCAGGCGGGCCGCCGACCCGCCAACGAGGACCGCACGGUGGCCGUGGACCUGCAGGAGCGGUGGGAGGCCUCGCAGCACGAUGAGCACGCGCAGCCGAGACUCGCGGCCUUCAUCAAGCACCUCCAACGCAACACCAACACGGAGCGAGGCCGUCAAGGCAGGCGCGCCAGCGGAUCGACGCCCCCCAGCCACGGCGGCUCGGGCGGCUUCCUGGCGCGCGGGGUGCUGCUGGCCGCGCCCAUCGAGGCGGAGGGGCGCCGAUCGAACGGGCCGCCAGGCCACGGCCCGGAGCUCCGCCGCGGCCCAGAGCUCUGGGCAUCGGCGCUGGAGGUAGUCCUGGAGGAGCCUCUCUGCAGCGACGAGGAGUCCCUCUACGGCACGGUCAGGCAGCAUGCGAUCCUCUCCGACUGCAUGAGCAGACGCGGCGUGCUGCUGAUCGGGCCCCGUUAUGGCGUGCUGCAGAGCCCUGUUAUGGCCGCCCUAACUUUGGGUGGGGGAGGACGGGUAGUUGUCUUGUGGCAACGCUGGGGAGGCGGGGUGGGGGCGAGCAGACGAUGCGAUUCCACGCCGCUCGCCCACGUGGCCACGCCUGGGGGAGCGAAGACGCUGGACGUUCCACUCUGCUCGUCGCGCGGCCGCGCCCGCGGGGGCCGAGAGCGCUACACGAUGCCUCGCCGCUCGCCGCGUGGCACCGCCCGGGAGCCAGACGGUGCAGUGCCAUUUUGA